GCCAAGCUCAGUUUGGAGUCGCACAACUCUGGAAGCUCAGCAGCCGGAGAUCUCAGUCGGAGUUUGGGACAAAUGCUAACAGCUGAUUCGGGAGAUAAAAUCAGAAAAGUGACUUCAUUCUUCCAACUUAAUUGAUUUAUUGAUGAAGUAGAAGAGUUAGUUACAUUUUGUACGCUGAGCAAUUACGUUUUUAUUUCGCUGGGUUUCAGUUUCAGUGGAGUAGAAGUAGUUAACUAGCGUACGUUAGCUAACGUCACUGUCCAUCAAAUGUAUGACUGUUGCACCUAACGCUAUCGAUCAAAUGCAGAGGCCAUUCGAAGCCGUUUAGCUAAGCAAAAUCGAAAUAAGUUUGACUUGUGGCAUGUCAUUCAAUCACAUUUCUACCCAUAGGGAAGCAAUUGCUGAACAUCCCAAAGAAACCUUCUAGAAGACUUCAUCUCCCACACAUAGGAGCUGAUAUCAUGGCAAUGGAUGCGGCUGUGAUCGGUGCCAACGGAGAGAUGAAGGUUUUCUACAACCAGAACCUCAGUCCCAGCAAAGGUGUCCUGUCCCUGGUGACAGUCCACCCACAGUCUCUCUCUGUGGGGAAACAACUGCUUCCCAAAACCCUGGGGCCCUCCAACGUCAACAUCGCCCCACACAUGGUGAUGGGUACCCCUCAGAGGCCCAGUGGGUCAGGGGGGUUAGUGAUGGGCAGCCCUCACACACCCAGUACCCAGUACAGACCACAGAGCCAGCCCCCUGAUGCAUCUCCCUGGUCCACCGGGAAGCGUGGUACUGGUAAGAAGGGGGAUAAGAACGGGAAGGGUCUUAGGCAUUUCUCCAUGAAGGUGUGUGAGAAGGUGCAGAAGAAGGGAGUAACUACCUACAAUGAGGUGGCUGACGAGCUCGUGGCAGAGUUCAGCGCCAACGACACCCUCCUCUCGCCCGGCGACUCGCAUUCCUACGACCAGAAGAACAUCCGACGACGUGUGUACGAUGCGCUCAACGUGCUCAUGGCCAUGAACAUCAUCUCUAAAGAGAAGAAAGAGAUCCGGUGGAUCGGCCUGCCCACCAACUCAGCCCAGGAGUGUCAGAGCCUGGAGGUGGAGAGACAGAAACGACUAGAGAGGAUCAACCAGAAACAGUCUCAGCUUCAGGAGCUCAUUCUACAGCAAAUAGCGUUCAAGCGCCUGGUGCAGCGGAAUCGUGCAGCGGAGCAGCAAGCGGGCAGGGCUCCGCCCCCAAACUCUGUCAUCAACCUGCCCUUCAUCAUCAUCAACACCUCCAAGAGGACCGUCAUCGACUGCAGCAUCUCCAACGACAAGUUUGAGUACCUGUUCAACUUUGACAACAUGUUUGAGAUCCAUGAUGACAUUGAGGUGUUGAAGAGAAUGGGGCUGGCCUGUGGUCUGGAGGUGGGCCAGUGUUCACCAGAGGACCUGAAGGAAGCCCGCACCCUGGUGCCCAGAGCCCUGGAACCCUAUGUUACAGAAAUGGCCACGGGUCCAAUAAGCAACGUCUACAUCACAGGAACCUCGUCUACAAACGGAGGAGGACGGCGUCACACAAGUAGCUCCGAUGGCACGGUGGCGUCCAUUUCCAACGACUCGCGAGGCUACACCCCCGUGUCCUACAUGGCAGACGAGGAAGAGGAUGACGAAGACUACGACGACAAUGAUUAAAUCAGUAGUUUCUCACUCGGCCAACUCUUAACAGCCCAGUCUGAUGACUAACCAGCUGUGUUCCAAAUGGCUUCCUAUUCCCAAUAUACUGAACUACUUUUGACCACGGCCAUAUUGGCACAGAGGUAGUGCACUGUGUAGGGAAUCGUGCCAUUUGGAAUGCAUGCAGCCCAUGUCCCAUGAACAAGUCUCUCUCCCUUCCUCCAGCUCCAUCUCAGGCCUUCCCUCCACCCCACCAAGCUAUCUACGAGGAGGCUUCUCCUUCCUCAACUGCCUUCAGAAUGCACAGAGCUCACCAACGCAAUGGCCUUCUGGGAAACGUAGUCUUUGCUGACACUAUGACUGUAUAAUGCCUUUUGUGGGAAUUGUAAUUUAUUUUUUUCUCUCCUUCUGAAGCUGUGAUUACUAUGAGUAUAAUCUCCACAACGUGCUCCUCUACAGCCCGCCUCCUCGUUACAGGAAAUGGAAUCUUUCUCAUGUCAAACUAGUUUUUUGUUGUUUCUUGCGUGAACUGAUACACGGCCACAGAAAGAUUCCCUCCAGAAACCUGAGAUCUGCCUUGUGUGGCUGUAUUACAGUGUUUAACACCAUGAACAGUAGUGGUGUCAUUGACAUGACAGUGAAAUGACUUCCUAUACAGCUCCCAGGGGAGAGGGAGUGUGUGUAGCUCCCAGGGGAGAGGGAGUGUGUGUAGCUCCCAGGGGAGAGGGAGUGUGUGUAGCUCCCAGGGGAGAGGGAGUGUGUGUAGCUCCCAGGGGAGAGGGAGUGUGUGUGUGUAGCUCCCAGGGGAGAGGGAGUGUGUGUGUGUAGCUCCCAGGGGAGAGGGAGUGUGUGUGUGUGUAGCUCCCAGGGGAGAGGGAGUGUGUGUGUGUAGCUCCCAGGGGAGAGGGAGUGUGUGUGUGUAGCUCCCAGGGGAGAGGGAGUGUGUGUGUGUAGCUCCCAGGGGAGAGGGAGUGUGUUUUGUACUUAUUUGUAGUUAUAUUUUCUUAUUUUUGUGUGACUUUCUUCUGGCAGCUAUUUUAAAGAUGGGUCAGAAUGUGUGUUUUUGGACGGUCACUUGGCCCUGCGUGUCACUGAGUACCUACAGACAGCAGAGGCCAAAUGUCCCUGUGUGAAUACCUACAGACAGCAGAGGCCAAAUGUCCCUGUGUGUGACGGUUAGAGGAGACAAGGCCACUGUUCAUAAUCUCAGAAUUGGAGUCGAGAGAAAGUUGUUGUAAAUUGGAAGCGGUUCUCUGCCUGGCUGGCAGGCAGCCCGUUGAGAUAGAAACGUACCAAAAUGAUUCUAAACAUCUCAAUGCUCUACUUAAUGAACGACACCCAGAGUGAAGUAUGAUUCUAAACAUCUCAAUGCUCUACUUAAUGAACGACACCCAGAGUGAAGUAGCUGCGUAUUAUCAAUGAAGUGAACUUUGGGGAGGAUGGAGCCAUUCCAUAGGGUUGUAACAAGCUCAAGACUUCAGGAUUGUGGCAAAAGCCAAAAUAGGGGAGUCCACUACAAUGACCCCCCCCCCCCCCGCCCAAGGAACUUUUGUAAAGCUGAAAACAUGUUGACUGCAAUACAAUGACCCCCCCCCCCCCCCCCCCCCCCCCCCCCCCCAUGCUGACUGCAAUACCACAUACCUUUUCUUUCUGUUAUCUAAUGAGUUUGGAAAUUAUAGAGAAUAAAUAUAGAGGGUGUUUGAA